AUGUCGGCACCGAUGCCCUCCCCGACUCUGAAGGAUCAUCUCUCCACGCCUACAGGCCCCCUGCAUCUCAAAGUAUGGGAGGUCAUAUGCAUUGCCUUGGGAGCUUUCAUGGUGCUCGUCUUGUUUGUCACCGUGUGGCUCACGAUCAGGAGCAAGAAGAGGGUAAGGCGGCGGGCAUCCGCAAAUAUCCCAAUCACCCAAAUCCCUGCAAUUUCCAAGGAAAUCAAGGAGGUGAGGGUGGAGCAAGUGCCGGCAAGCGACUUUGUGGCGCAUGAUGGUGUCCUCCUGAUGAUCCAGGACAAGUCCAGCGACCGGGAUUCCGACAAGGUCAUGGCCCAUUUGGGUGUCAGCAAAUCGAGGCGUGGUGAUGAGAGCCAUUCGGGAUCAUUUCGCUACAUGGACAAGGAUGCAGGAUUCCAGUCAGCUGAGGAAGGCGGCUCUGGAACGUUUCGGCAGGCUUCAGCUAAUGCCAUAACUGCUCCUUCACCUCUGGUUGGCUUGCCCGAGUUUUCAUACCUUGGUUGGGGUCACUGGUUUACGCUGAGGGAUCUGGAGCUUGCUACCAAUCGCUUUUCAAAGGACAACAUUAUCGGUGAGGGUGGAUAUGGUGUAGUUUAUCGUGGCCAGCUGAUCAAUGGCUCCCCUGUUGCUGUCAAAAAGCUUCUCAAUAACCUAGGUCAAGCUGAGAAGGAAUUCAGAGUAGAAGUUGAGGCUAUCGGUCAUGUUCGACACAAGAACUUGGUCCGGCUUCUUGGUUAUUGCGUGGAGGGUACCCAAAGGAUGCUUGUCUAUGAGUAUGUGAACAAUGGAAACCUAGAGCAAUGGCUUCAUGGAGCUAUGAGUCAACGUGGCUCCCUUACAUGGGAGGCCCGCAUAAAGAUUCUUCUUGGGACUGCUAAAGCGCUUGCUUACUUGCAUGAGGCGAUUGAACCCAAAGUUGUGCACCGUGAUAUCAAAUCCAGCAAUAUUUUGAUUGAUGAUGAGUUCGAGUCCAAAGUAUCAGAUUUCGGUUUAGCCAAACUUCUUGGUGCUGGAAAGAGUCAUGUCACCACUAGGGUUAUGGGUACCUUUGGGUAUGUGGCACCAGAGUAUGCAAACACUGGGCUCUUGAACGAAAAGAGUGACAUUUACAGCUUUGGAGUUGUUCUCCUAGAAGCAAUUACUGGAAGGGAUCCUGUUGACUAUGGCCGCCCACCAAAUGAGGUGAAUCUAGUUGACUGGCUAAAAAUGAUGGUUGCCAGCAGGCGGUCCGAAGAAGUAGUGGAUCCCACCAUAGAGACACGACCUUCGACGAGAGCUCUAAAGCGUGCACUUUUGACAGCUCUGAGGUGUGUGGAUCCAGACUCAGAGAAGAGACCGAAGAUGGGUCAAGUUGUCCGGAUGCUGGAAUCGGAUGAUCCAAUUCCUCGAGGGGACAGAAGAUCUAAGCACCACCGUGGAGGGAGCACAGAAAUGGAUUCGCAAAGGGAAAACAACUCUGACACGGAGAAGAGCGACAAUCCAGAUUCGAAACCUAGCAGGAGCAGAGCAUCCUCGUCCAAAUGA